GGUGAUUGACAAAUUAUUCCCUCUCCGGGGUAGACUCCCAGACUGAGAAAGUGGUUCCGAACCCAACGGAACCCGGGGCCGGACGACUCCGGGUCACGUGGGCGACGGCCCCAUGACGUGCGGGCUGCGAGGCGUCACCGUGACGUUCGGGCGACCGGCCAAGUGGCCCCACUACCUUCGUUACCUGUGCGGCCGCGGUGCAAUCAUGGACCUGGGACCGAUGCGCAAGAGUUACCGCGGGGACCGAGAGGCAUUUGAGGAAGCUCAUCUGACCUCCCUGGACCCCAUGAAGCAGUUUGCUGCCUGGUUUGAAGAGGCUGUUCAGUGUCCUGACAUAGGGGAAGCCAAUGCCAUGUGUCUGGCUACCUGCACCAGAGAUGGGAAGCCCUCUGCCCGCAUGGUGCUGCUGAAGGGCUUUGGCAAGGAUGGCUUCCGCUUCUUCACUAACUUAGAGAGUCGAAAGGGAAAAGAGCUGGACUCUAAUCCGUUUGCUUCUCUUGUCUUCUACUGGGAGCCCCUAAACCGUCAGGUGCGUGUGGAGGGUUCCGUGAAGAAGCUGCCAGAGGAGGAGGCUGCAUGCUACUUCCAGUCCCGCCCCAAGAGCAGCCAGAUUGGGGCUGUGGUCAGUCACCAGAGUUCUGUGAUCCCCGAUCGAGAGUUCCUGAGAAAGAAAAAUGAGGAUCUGGAGAAACUCUACCAGGACCAAGAGGUGCCGAAGCCAAAAUACUGGGGUGGCUACAUUCUAUACCCACAGGUGAUGGAGUUCUGGCAAGGCCAAACCAACCGCCUGCAUGACCGGAUCGUCUUUCGUCGGGGCCUCCCUACAGAAGACUCCCCUUUGGGACCUAUGACUCACCGUGGGGAGGAAGACUGGCUCUAUGAGAGACUUGCGCCCUGACUCCCAGUCUGUUGGAGUCCACCGGAGCUGGAGCUGGGUGUGGAGAGAGCGCAUGGGAUCCUUCUCAACUCAUCCCAUUUCCCUCCCCACCCUUAUAUUAGGGUUCUUCAGAGUUCAUCCUCCAGGUUCUGUCAGUUGGCUCUCAAUAAGCUGUUGAGUGGACUAUAAUGGUGGCAUGGAGAAUCACAAAUCACAAAUGGGAAAUAAUUCUGUAAUUAUUUUCUUGAUUUUAACAAUAAUUUAUUAGAAUAGCUCCCUCUAGGGGUGGCAGCGGGUAUGAUUCCCUUUUCUGGUGACACAGGGUGGUUCCCCAGCAACCCGGCCUGUUACCACGUGACUGAGUCCCUGAGCCAAUCUAGCCAAUCAGUUUUUCUUGCCAGUGAUUUCAAAUUUGAAAUGGAGAGACCCAGAGCAUGGGAGUCAUUGUAGUCAAGUCAUUAAUGGCAGCCAAGAAGUAACAGCCCCUGGCUGCUGCUUGGAAUUCCCUGAGCAGCCCUGGAGUCCCUCCUUUUCAUGUCUGGGCUGUGCAAUUCCUCCUCCCGCCUCAAACACCCACUGUCUCAAAAAAAAAAAGAAAUUUUUUUUGACAUGAACAGAAUCAAUUUCUGUUGCUCACAAAUAAAAGAACCUUAACUAACUCAUUAAUAAAUAUUUUUAUAGCACUUAGCAUACUGAAUAGCAGCCUUCUAUUCUCUGAAGCACAGCAAUGUGGAAAAAGACAUUAAAUUCAUUCUCUGUAGCUCCAAAGGACCCAUAGGUGGAUAUUACACAGAAAUAGGUUGCAUCUCUGUAUGGGGAAAGAUUUCAAGCAAUCAGGGCUGCCUAAAAGGGAGUGUGGGCUACCUGUUAGGUAGUGAGUGUUCUCUUACUGGAAGUAUUCAAUCCAGUCAGGAGUUUUGUAGAGGGGAUUCAUGUGCUGGUACCUACAGGCCAGAGAAAUUCUAAUCAAGCUUUACUUUCCAUGUUUGUGUUAAACAGUGUUUAUUUAUUUAUUUAUUUAUUUAUUUAUUUAUUUAUUUAUUUAUUUCACUUUCUAGGUACAAAAUUAAAUUUUUAUGGCUACUAUGCCUUUCUGACUAUUCCCACACCCCCUUCCCCUAUUCCCUACCUCUGCCCAUGAUGGCUUCUACAUCAGUGGUUUUCAUCCGUGCUGGAAUUAUCUGGGGAGGCUUAAAAAUUGUGAUGCCUCGUCCCACCCUUAGAGAUGAUUUAACCCAUCUGAGUGAAGCCUGGGCUUUGGGAAAUCUUAAAGCUCCCCAGGAAACCCUGUGCAGCCAAGGUUGAGACCUUGGUCUAGAUCUUUGCUACUGAUCGUGUCCUAGGCCAACAGUGUUAGCAUCACUUGGGAGCCCACCCCAGACCCACUGAAUCUCAUCCUGCAUUUAACAGGACCCUCAGGUGACCAGAUGCACUGGCCUAAACUUCUAAACCAACAGCCUCCCACCCUUGUGACUGGAUUCUUCAGUAACCGUUGGCUGAGGCCUGUGUUGAACUGUAUUUGCUUUCCUUGAGCACACGUCUGGUGACCAAAGACAGCCUGGAUGAGUGGCCUACAGGCUGCAGAGAGGAGCCAGGCUGGGUAAAUGUUUGCUGUGACUAAGCCAGGAUCAGAACUAUUAUUUGUGCAUGUUGACAUUGAACUUUCCACUCUAAACUGUGAUUCAUUCCACUGUGUUGGGUGUGUGCGUCAGUGUCCCUAUUAUUGACCAGUUCCCCCAAAGGCCACCUUCUUGGUGUUGACCCCCCAUUAAGCCUGAGUUCAGGAAGGCACAAAGCUAACCCUGCAACAACCUACAGGAGAGAGUGCUAGGGUACCCUUCCCUACCUUGUCCUGUUUGUGUUACUGGGAGCCAUGUGUCCCCCAGCUUUGAGCCUGGUCUCAGCUGUUCCUUUCCUGUUCUCUGUCGGACAGUCACUUUGCCAAGUCUGUAAUAAAAAUUCAUUAGACAUGCGUGA